UGUGCUCAGUUUAAGAAGCAGUUUUCCUCAAGGUGGGCUUGACCAUUCUUGCACCUCCAACAGAGCAAGUUUUCAGUACAAUCCUAUUCCUGUUUGCUCAGAAACUGCUAGGUUGGCAGAAGCUGGGACUAGUGACAGGAGUCACUCUGCCACACAGCACUUGGUUGCCUACCUGCCGACGUUGUGAUCUUCAGAGUCAACCUCUCAGUCGCUAAGCCACCAUUAUUUGUAUGUAAAGCUUGAAGAAGAUGAUUGAAGUCUUCAUAAUGAAGAUUGAAAAUCCAGGCUGCUUUUGGGUCGGCAUAAAAGGAGGUGGAAAUUUUGUAGAGAACGAAAUGGAAUAUAAAAAGCUUCAGUCUUACAUGAAUCAAUUCUAUAACAAAUAUUAUAGAUGCAUGGAUGAAAUCAAACCAUCGGUAUUGGAAGAGGGGCAGGUUUGUGCUGUUUAUUAUCAGGAGCAGAAAUCCUGGUGCAGAGCUAUUGUUAAAUCGAUAAUUUCAUGUACAGAUUAUUACCUUGCAGAAUGUUUCCUUGUGGAUUAUGCCAAAAGCAUUCCUGUGAAAAAAGAAAAGAUUUGUGUUGCCUUAGAAUCGUUUAUGAAAUUGCCCUACAGAGCAAAAAAGUUUAGAUUAUACUGUACAAAACCAGUAACAUUGUGUUUCAACUAUUACAAUGACAAUGCAGAGACAGUCCCUGCUGCCAAAUGGGAUAUCGCUGCUAUCCAGUAUUUUCAAAACCUCUUCAACGAAACUACCCAAGUGGAGGCCAAGUUAUGUUCUGUUGAAGAUGACACUUUUGAUGUCUAUCUUUAUGUCACAGUAAAUGGUGAAAAGGUGUGUGUGAAUGAUGAUCUUAUUGCUAAGAACUUUGCUUGUUAUGGGACAAAUGAGAGAACAUUUCGUAUUAUAAAUGACCAAACUCCCAAAAUGUUAAAUCACAAGUCUCUCUCAGCCACAGAGAACAUCAGUCCUGCCAGUAUUCUAUGGCCAAAGUUGCUGAAUGUUGAAGAAUCCAAGGCUCUUGAAGUGUCUCAUCCUGCUGAGAAAGCAACAAGCAACAUUCUACCAGAAACUGCCUCAUAUAGUAAAGGUGCUGUGAUGGCUAUUCCUCCCUUCAAACAAGGUAUAACAGUUUCUGUAACAGAUCUGCCAACAGACAGCACCACAUGUGAGAAAACUACUUGUAUAAAGGAGAGGAAAGAAAAUCUUCAUGAAGAAAACAUUACUAUGAAGCUUCUUCAGUUUUUAAACCCUGAGCCUUUGAAAUCUAAGAAUAGACAAGAUGAGGAAGAGGAGCAUCAACUGAAUAUUAAUACACACAUUCCGGUUGUUCUUAGUAAUAAAAUUGAACCAUGCUCAUCUCUUGAAAAUGCACCACUGUUUCCUGCUCUAAAAAAGGAUCUUCUGAGGAACCAUUUUGUAGGUCCCAGUCAUGUGCAGUCGUAUUCCUGGCCAGCAAUAGCUCGUGGUUGUGAUUCAGUAGUCAUCUGUCCUGAAAAUGACCCACUUAUUUAUCUGCUGCCAAUUAUUACAUUUCUGCAGUCAAAAGGUUGCUACCUAUCUUUACCAGCCAGGAAUGGUCCAAUAGCAUUAAUCAUAUGUCCUGGACAAAGGAAAGCAGAACUAGUUUUUGAGCUUCUGCAGAAAUACAGUCAUUGCUCCAGGCCUCUUCAUCCAAUAUUGCUGUUACUGGGAAUGAACAAAGAAGAAAUCAAGAGUAUGAAAAUUCCUAGAGUAUGUGAAGUAAUUGUAACAACUCCACAUAGCCUUUUGCGAUUGCUUGAAUACGAUAGCUUACUGUUCCUUAGGCUGUGUCAUCUUGUGUUUGAUGAAGCUGAUGUACUGUUCUCUGAAGCCAGCCAUCAAGUAUUUAAUAUAUUAGAAUAUUACAAAACAAAUUUGAAUGUUGAAGGGAAGGAGUUUGUGCCGCAACAAAUUGUUGCUGUUGGAAGCCGCUGGAUCAAAGAUAUAGAAUAUUUAAUUAAAGAGUUCAUGAAUGAUCCAUAUAUUGUGAUCACAUCCUUGGAAGAAGCUGCAAUAUAUGGGAAACUACAGCAGGUCGUACUGGUUUGCCUUGAAUGUAACCGAAUCUCAACUUUACUUCAAACAAUGGAUUUUACUCCUACUAAUGCUCAGAAGACAUUGAUUUUCACAAGUUCUGUAAAAGAAAUAGAUGCUGUUUACAAGGCAGUAGAGAGCACUUCAGUAUUUUGCUUGAAAAUACAUCCAGAAACUGGAUUUCAUGUCACUCAUGUUGUAGAGCAGUGGAACAAAAGAUUUAGCUCUGGCACACAUAUUGUAUUGGUUCUAACAGAUGAAUGCUUGCCAGCCUUAGGAAUUACAGAUGCAACGUGUGUCAUUCAUUUCAGUUUUCCUGCAUCUCCAAGAAUCUUUGGUGCACGCUUAUACAGCAUGUCUGAUCAUUUCCAAAACUCAAUAGAAAAGGUUUCACCUCUAGUAAAAGAGCAAUCAAAGGCAAAAUCCAUCUUACUGUUGACAGAAAAUAAUUCAUGCCACGCCGUUGGAAUAUUACAUUAUUUAAAACGCACAGCAGCCGACAUUCCACCUGAAUUAAGUGAUUUUACAUCUGGAGUUCUGGAGACUAGAGAAGAUAGUAAGACUGGGAAGCCUCUUUGUCACUGCCUAAAAUUAUAUGGGUUUUGCAAGGAUAAAAAUCGUUGCCCAGAUAGACAUCGAAUUAGUUUACCAGCAGAUUUGCCCAGAAAAGUAACAGAUGAUGUUCUACCAAAAGCUGGAAAUAUAACUAUACUGCCUCUUUUUAUCGUGGAUGCCACAAACUACUUUGGCCGCAUAGUAGAUAAAACAAAGAAUCCCUAUACUACUCUGGCAGAAGAGAUGAGUCAAUAUUAUACAAAAGCUGGCAAAUGCAGAUCAGUUGAUACAGUGGAGGAGCAUGCCUUGUAUGGAUUACAUGAGGCGAAUUCUUUUCACAGGAUUCAGGUGUUGGAAGUGUUAUCACAAGAAGAAAAAAAUAUGUUUUAUAGAGUGCAUAUCAAGUAUAUAGACGAAGGCAGAACGGGUCAAGUUCAACGUUAUAAGUUGCUUUACUUACCAGAGCAAUUUCAAAGCUUGCCCCCUCAAGCUGUGGAAUUCAUUGUCUGUAGGGUUAAACCCAUUGAUAAUGAAGUAGACUGGAACCCAAAGGUUACUAGAUACAUAAAUUACAAGAUUAGCGGAAAGCCACAUGAAGCAAAGAUAGUACUUGCUCUGAACAAUACAAUUUGGGUGGAUCCAGUGGUUCGAGUCACCAGGCUUCCAGAUCUGAAAACAUCUAUCAAUGAAUACAGUAUUCGCUCUGAAAUCCUAGCUACAGGAUUGGGAGUUGAUAAUCCUGAACACAUACAUGAACUCCAAAGGUUAUUUAGAGAUGCUGAAACAGCCUGUGAGAAAAAAGACUCUCCUGCAUUAAACCAGUCUCUGAAGUGUGAAACAAGUGAACAGGCCACAUCUUCACCGAGCAUCUUAGACCAGGCUACUCACAGUUCAGAGACCACUGAGGAACAAGUCGUGUCCAAUGUUCAAGAGGGUGAUGCUAUUAUUGAUAGUUGCUCUCAAGUAACUUUGCAAAACCAUUCUAAUGGAAUGGUUCAAAGUGAAAAAGAAUGUGAAUCUCUCCAACCUCCUAAUGAAUGCUUCCACCCAGCAAUACAAUGGUUUGAAAAACAGGAUUUUGUUAUUCUGAAGAUAAAAGUACAAAAUAUCACUAGUCACAGCUGCAAGUUUUUUACACAGAGGAUCAUUUUCAGUGGUUCUGCAGAAGGCAAGUUUUAUUGGGCUGAUAUGGAACUGAAAGAAAAUAUAAUUGAAGAAAAAUCGAGUUGUGUGCUUAAAAGUAAUGAGGCUGUAAUUACCCUUGCAAAGGAAAAGGAAGGAUCUUGGUGCCACUUGCUGAAACAGAAGAACCCACAUGUAUCUUUUGACUUUGAUCACUUGGAAGAUUCUGAAGAAAGAAGCACUUUCCCUAGUGGCACAGCUACUAAGAGAAGACAUAAGACUGGUAACGUGGUCUGUGAAAAGGAACACGAAUCCUUUCAGCACAGUGAUACAGAUAGUGAUUCGUCCACUGAUUAAUUCUGGUUUGAAGAUCUGGAUUUUGUUUUUGACAUGAGAGUAUACGUUUAGAUUUUGCAAACAUACAUUUAGACAUGAAAGGUUCAAACAAUGUGUGUCAUUCUUAUAGUGAUAGAAUCAUAGCUUUUCAACCAUCAGGACAGUUAUACAUUUUGGCCAUGAUUUUGAAAAGACAGGGGAUGAAGCUAUUUGCUGUUUUGAUAAUUAUCAUAAACUGUAAUCCUACACAUGGUUAUUUGGAAGUAGGUUCUCCUAGCUGCAAUGAGAUUUAAUUCUAUGUAAAUCCAUUCAGAAUGGAGGAGGUGUGUUUAGUUAAGAGUAACGGCAAUGGGGACACACUGUGAUGGGAAUCCCUUCAGUAACUAAAUGUAUGGAUAACUAAAUGUAUUGACUGGCAUUCACAGUUGCAGUUAGAGAUUCAUAACCUAGAGUUACAUAUCCAUAACUGAUAGAACUACAGGUUACAUUAUAAAAACCUUCAGUUUAAUUUGUCCCUCAUGUAACAUGAAAGGUGCCUUAAUUCUUUUAAAGUAUUACUUCUCUGUCUUCUAUGAAGUAUACAGGCAUAUUUCUGUGCCAGCUUUUUGUCAUUUUACACAUAGCAAAAAAAUGCUGUUCUUCAAAUUAAAAUGAAUAUUGGAUAAGAAGAGGCUUAACUGUUGGACUUAGGUCCAAAACACACUGCAGAAAUAAUCCACCUUGACUGCUUUAACUGCCCUGGCUCACUGCUAGGGAAUCUUGGGAAUUAUAGAUUAUUUAGCACUGGAGCUCUCUGACAGAGAAGGUUAAAUGUCUCACAAAACUACAAUUGAGCCAGAGCAAUUAAAAAGGUCUCAAACUUGAUUAUUUCUGCAGCGUUUUUUGGACUUCAGUGACUUAAAAGCAUUUUACUGAUAUAGUUAAUGCUCUCAAGGAUUGCUGUAAUAAUGGGAAAAUAAUAGAUGCAAACACUUGACAUUUGUAUAAAAAUCUGGAUGGUGAAAGUACUGGGAAUGGAAGAGUAUUCUGCAACACUCUUAGCCUAAAUUAGCUGGCUACAGUGCAAAAUUUCCAUCCUGAUCCUAGCUAUUCUGGAUUGGCAGUAUGUUGUAAUUGCCCUGACUCAGUCUCUCUGAUAUUUUUAAAGGAUUGAUUUAGCACAUCUUCAGGUACCAGCAUCCGGAAUUGCUGGUAAUCCUCCAAUUAAAUCUCUUUCCACUCUGUGUCAUCAAACAUAUGGCAUGAUAGCAGCUUAUUCCAUGAAAUAAAUUGUUCUGGUAUCUCAUUUGAUUCUGGCUUAUGUUGCUGCUGCUAUUAUUUUUAUUUAAUUAUUUAUAUCCCACUUUUCUCCCAAUAAAGGGACUCAAGGCAGCUAAUGUUAACUCCCAACUGUCUUUAACUUUGUUCAUUGCAGCAUACCACUUGGGCUUAUUGGUGUGACAAAUUAAAUUAGACCUGAGAAACUGGAGCUAGGUUGGAUGUUGCAUAGGAGAAUCUUUAAAGCAGUUUUGGGCCUCUAGAUGCUUUGAGGCUAACUAUCUAGACCGAUGACAGGAGUAGGUCACACUUGUCCCCUCCUGUUUUAAACCUGUAAUCCUGUGCAAAUGAACUCAGUGGGACUUCCAUACCCAUAUGCAUAGGAGAGCACUGUAAAUUACUCCCACUUUAAAUGUUUAAAUUCAGUAUGGUAUUUCAGUAAAAUGUUAAAAGGAAGGACCUGUUUUAUUCCUUCUCUGUUGUUACUAUUUUCUUAAAAUCCUAUGUAGGUGGAAUGGAGAGCAAAUUUAAAUCAAAAGGCAUCAGAAGGUAAAAGAGCGAAUUGGCUUCUUGAAUACAUGACUUGCCUUUCAUGUUAAACAUUGAAAAAAACGUUUCUGUAUCAAGUGUGUAUUGUCUCAUUUGUCUCUUAGCACAGCAUAUUUGGCAUUACACUUUCACAGAAUCCUGUUGCAGUGUGUGCUAAUGGAGAAAACUAUCAUAUUGCAAUAUUUGGUGUUGUUUCUCCAUAUUUGAUUUUCUAUUUGAAGUGUUAUGACUGUUAUUUUGUACCUUAUAGUAUUAAAAAGCACUCUUAAA